AUGUGCGAAGAACUCGUCCAGGAAGCUCUCGGCCAGAUAUGCUGGCUCGAAAUCCCAGUUCACAAUGUAUCUCGGGCAAAGAACUUCUACACUGAGCUUUUUGAAUGGCAAUUCAACUCGGAACCCCAAAAGCCUGUAGGAAACUGCGUCAAGAGCAUGCACUUUUUUAAUAAAGGCAAAACUCUGCACGGGGCCUUUCUCGAACACGAUGAAGCAUAUCAUGUCAUCAACCAUGAUCCUGCCCGGCCAGGUGCCAUGCCCCUUCUCCCAACCCUUUGCGUCAUGGACUGCCAAGAGACUCUGGAUAAGGCCAAUGCGAUUGGUGGUAAGACUGCCAUGUAA